AAUUUGAAAAUACAAUCCAUGAAAUUCACAAAAAAUAUGUUUCCCAAUGGAGUUAGGUUGAAAAUCCAACCUGACCCGGAUCACCGUCCAGGUAAGAAUGUAAGAUAAGAUGGGUUAUCCGAGUUGUAACUGGUAAACACCUCAUGCAGCCGCAAAUUUGAGUUUAUCCAGAAACAUACAGUUCAUUAACACGUGUGCAUCUUAAUAAGGAAAACUGACACGUGUGCACAGACAUACAUAUUCAGUUGUUCACACACACAGAUGAUGCUGGGUAUCGGUAAGGCUCAUUUGAGAAGUUGAAGAAUCCGGAAAUGGAGGGAGCUGGAGAUAAGAAGGAGAGGGUGAUGAUCGCAAUUGAUGAGAGUGAAUUCAGCUGUUAUGCAAUUGAAUGGACUCUUCAACACUUCCACGCUUCCUUACUGAACUCUCAAAUUGUGCUCUUCACCGUUCAGCCAAUCGUUGACUAUGGCUAUAUCUAUGCUUCUUCCCUUGGCUUCACUUCUCCUGUUCCAGCUCCUGUUGCAGCUCCUGAACUGGUAAGAUCCAUCCAAGAAAAUCAAAAGAAUGUUGCCAUGGCUCUUUUGGAUAAAGCUACUGAUAUCUGCAAAAAAUAUGGGAUAACAGCAGAGACAGUCAUGGAGGCAGGAGAUCCUAAGGAGGCCAUAUGUCAAGCAGUAGAAAAAAUGAAUAUCCAAUUGCUUGUGCUGGGAAGCCACAGUAGAGGGGCUCUGCAAAGGGAUUAUGAAUUACAGGGCCUUCCUCGGAAGCGUCAGCACAUACUGUGUCCACAAUGCCAACUGCCAGGUUCUUGUUGUCAAGAAGAAGCCUUGAGAUAACAGUAAUUAUCCAUUUCUGUUGCACUGAUGGGAAAUCAUGUACAUACAUCAGCUGGAAUAAGUAAUAAUAGGUCGUUGCAAUUUAAUCUAGUGGUUUGAUAUACUUUCAAAUAAAGAUGGUUGUAAUGUAUGGAUGUGUGGUAGACAUCUUUAUAUCGCUAGGUUCUGUAAUGUUUUGAUUUAUAUUUUGAGUUGAGAAAUCUCUUAUGGUUCAUAAUUAUUUGGAGUCAGAAGUGUUUUAUGGUUCUUCAAAUCUUC